ACGGCCGGCCGUGUGGCCCCGCCCUUCCUACUGCCUUUUCCUUUUUUUGGUGCCCCCUCACAGAGGUUGAAGAGCCGUUUACUUCGUCGCGUCCGCCUUUCGCCGUCGCUGCUGUUGCCUCCGACCCCGGGAAAAAGCGAAGCGAAGCGCGUCGUAUGUCCGCUAUCCAGAACCUCCACUCCUUCGACCCCUUUGCUGAUGCAAGUAAGGGUGAUGACUUACUUCCUGCUGGGACUGAGGACUACAUCCAUAUAAGGAUCCAGCAGAGAAACGGCAGAAAAACCCUCACCACAGUCCAGGGCAUUGCCGAUGAUUAUGAUAAAAAGAAACUGGUGAAGGCCUUCAAGAAGAAAUUUGCCUGCAAUGGUACUGUGAUUGAGCACCCAGAGUAUGGAGAGGUGAUUCAGCUUCAAGGGGACCAGCGGAAGAACAUAUGUCAGUUCCUUGUUGAGAUUGGACUGGCUAAAGACGACCAGCUGAAAGUCCAUGGGUUUUAAGUGCCUGUGGCUCGCCAAAGUCUCAAGAGGGAAGACUUCCCUGAGAUGAGAAAUUCCUUGUGCCCCGCAUCACUAGUUUAAAAACAAGCCAGCUUGCAUAAUGUAAUCACAUCAAGUUCCCCUUAGUCUGGACUAGUGUAACUCAGCAAUGUAAUAAACUGACAAGAGCCCAC